UCUGUAGGACUAGCGUACUACUUUGACCAAUGACAGCAGGCUUCUCUUAUCAGACCUUACACAACCAUCGCGCUCUUCAACCAAGACGAUAUCACACAAUAUAGUUCAUCCAGCUCCGCUCGCACCUACAACGCUCUCUCUCGCCAGCUGGGUUGCUAUUUGCAGGGUUGCACGACACCCGGCCCGGACACCGCCACGAGGCACAGCGUCGUCUUCAGACCUCACAUGACGAACGGGAUUGUGACCCUCCAGCCUCAACCUUAGAUCUAGGUAAUGGCGUGUUUUUACGUAACCCACGGAUUAUAAUAAUAAUAGAACCAGCACUCUUUUUGACUCCUCCAUCACAACCCAUGGCUUCAACACAACCUCCUUCCUCUCCACAGCCCCGGAUCACCCCGCGCAUCAUCAUCCAUGGCGGGGCCGGCAACAUAACAAGACAAACCGUAUCGCGAGCGAGAUAUAAUGAGUACCAGACGUCCCUGAGGCAAAUUCUAGCAGCUUCCGCUGAGGUUCUGAACCGGCCCGGAGCCACCGCGCUCGAUGUCGCCACGUAUGCUGUAUCGUUGCUGGAGGACGACCCGCUCUACAACUCCGGCAAAGGCGCGGUGUUUACUCGAGAAGGCAAGAACGAGCUGGAGUGCAGCAUCAUGGUAUCGAACGGAUACCGGAAACGUGGCGUCGGAUGCAUGAUGCUACGGCAUGUGAAGAAUCCUAUCAAGCUGGCGAGAGAGCUGCUCAUCAGGGGUGAAUCAGAAGAUGGCGAAGCAAAGGAUCAUUGCCAGUAUGCUGGCGCGUAUGUGGAAAGUCUAGCGAAGAAGUGGGGACUGGACAUGGUGGACCCGUGCUACUUCUUUACCAAGCGGAAAUGGAACGAACACUUGAAAGGGCUGAAAGAGGAGGAAAGGCAGAAAGAGAAGGAGAGGAAGCUGAAGAGGAUGAUGCCUGAGAUGAGUGACUGGGAAAAGACGAACUACAUUCCUCGUGGAACUUGCGGAGCCGUCGUGCUGGACAGCUUCGGAACAAUCUGCGUAGCAACAUCAACAGGCGGCCUAACGAACAAGUGCCCAGGCAGGAUUGGCGAUACGCCUACCAUGGGCGCUGGCUACUGGGCCGAGGAAUGGUACGAAGAUCCACCCGCGCCCAAACACCAAAUGUUGUACCAACCAGCUCCCAUUUCUCCUCUCGACAGGUUUUCUCGAGGAGACCUUCGCAGCUUAGUCGGCGACUGCGUGCGCUCCAUCGGCCUACCAACCCCGACACCUUCAAGCACCUCUUCGAUGGACAUGGAUGAGAAGCCUUCCCGAGUCCGCCACGCAGUGGGCAUGUCGGGUUCCGGAAAUGGUGACACCUUCAUCCGCCUAGCAGCUGCCAGCACCACCGCCGCCAAGUCACGCUUCACUCCCAUGUCGCUCACCGAUGCCGUGGCUUGGAUGACGGGUCCAGGCGGCGAACUGCAAAGGUCCGCUGGCGACCGCUGGGGCCGCUUCCAUGAAGGAGUCGGCGGCAUGAUCGGAAUCGAGCUCGUAGGCAACAAAGCAACGGUUAUCUGCGACUACAAUUGCGGCGGCUUCUUCCGCGCGUGGACAGAGGAGGAUGGGGAGCAGCGGUGUCUAAUCUUCAGAGAGGACCGGUAUGAGAGCGGGCCGGAGGGAUGGUUUAGCGACCAAGGAAUGACGGCUAUGUCUAAUAUUUUCAGUGCUUAGAUGUGUGAAGGGGUCUGGUUUUCCGUUACUGCACGGCGAGGGCGUAAGCAUAGAGCUAGGGCGGUGACCCUCGUUUAGCGCUGGAGUGAAAGGGAUAGACGCAUUAGAGCUUAAUACUAAUAAUUCGCGCUGCCUCACGUCUGCCAC